CGUCUGUGUUCAGCUGUGAGACAAACAUGGAAUAUUUAUUAACAUGCAUGUUCAUUUCUGUUCCCUGCAGUAUUAAGUGUUUUAUAUAAAUCAGAGGCUUGUGUCCUGCAGACCCAUCAGUCUGAAGUUGGAUCCACUGAGGUGCUCCCUCCUGUGUAACAUCCAGUGCCGUAUUAAAGCAGGAUUACAGCAGGAGGACAUGACACUUACAUAAUGUCAAUAAAAACAUCGCGGCCGCCGCGUGCUCACAUUGGUGCGCGCGGCGCGGUGUCCCGGAUGGUGCUCGCACCGGAAGAGAAGGGGCAGCUCUCCCAGCCAUCUUGUGGCCGCAUCCCGCGAUUCGUUCGCAUCAAGCCUCGUAGAAUCGGAGGAGAAUCCCGCUGAAGGGGCGCCAUCAUGCCCGGACACCUGCAGGAAGGCUUCGGCUGCGUCGUGACCAACCGGUUCGACCAGCUAUUGGACGACGAGUCGGACCCGUUCGAGAUCCUGAAGGCUGCCGAAAACAAGAAGAAGGAGGGGGCCGCUGCGGGGUCCAACAAGACCGCGGCGCAGGCAGCCAAGCAGCCGAAGAAGGAGUCACAGAAGGACCGGAAGAACCCGCUGCUGGACAAGAAGGAGGAGAGCCAGCCCCCUGUCCCCCUGAAGAAAGAAGGAAUCAGGCGGGUGGGCAGGAGACCGGACCAGCAGGGCCAGCCAGGUUCCCAGCACCAGGGCGGCCAGGGCGAAGGGCGACCCGGAGACAAGAGGCCGGACAGGAGACCUCCCCGAGAGCGCCGCUUCGAGAAGCCCGCCGAGGACAAGCCCGAGGGAGCUGGCGAGUUCUCAGUGGACAAGUGGGUAGCUGUGAUAAAUGAUGAAGUGCAUAUUUAAACGUGUUGAUGAGCACUAGGCUGUCUG